GUUGCCGGUUCAAAGGUCCUCAACGUGGCUCCUGAUGUUUUCCAGCGUGUGGAGUUGCUGUCAAUGAAAGUUUUGUGGAAGUAAAGAAAACAGCGACUAAAGUGGGUCUUACUGUUGGCGCAAAUGCUCUAGAAAUUAACUGAGUGGCUGUCCGUGUGUUUUACGUUUUACUGCGCAUUGAGGAGUGUGUUAUUCAGGGGCGUUUAAGCCAGUGCUAGCGGUUGUUAGCCAGCAGCCCCCUGGUUCCCUUUAGCCACCCGUAUCUUCGCUGUCUGAGCCUUUUUAAAAAGUGACCAUGGGGGAGUUUAAAGUGCACCGGGUCCGGUUCUUCGACUACAUGCCGAGUGCCAUCAGAGCCAUGGCGUUCAACAGCCGCACAGAGCGGCUGGCCCUGAGCCGGGCUGACGGGGCGCUGGAAGUCUUCAACUUCGCUGACAGCUACUUUCAAGAAAAGGUCAUCCCAGGACAGGAUGGCAGGGCCGUCGAGGCUCUGUGCUGGGUGCGAGGGCGUCUCUUCAGCGCUGGUCUAAACGGAGAGAUUACAGAGUAUGACCUGGAGAACCUGAGGCCCAAAUACACCAUGGAGGCCUACGGAGGACCUGUCUGGACCAUCUGCAGUAACAGCCAGGGAACGCACCUGGCGAUCGGUUGCGAGGAUGGGACAGUGAAGAUUUUUGAAGUCCUUGAGGAGACGAUUCGGUUUCAAAGAAAUCUUGACCGGCAGAAAGGUCGUAUCAUAUCACUGUCCUGGCACCCCUCUGGAGCACUGAUUGCUGCUGGCAUGAUGGAUAUGAUCAAAGUCUUCAAUGCAGAGUCAGGCCACGCCACACACAGGCUGCUGGUGGAGAGAGGUGUCGGAGCAUCCAAGAGCAGAGAGGUGGUGGUCUGGAGCGUCGCCUUCCUGUCCGAUCACACCAUCAUCAGUGGAGAUUCUGCAGGAAAGGUCCAGGUCUGGGACGGAGUCACGGGCACCCUGGUCCGAACUCACUUGGUCACAAAGUGGGAUGUGCUGGCCCUGUCCGUCUCAAGGGAUGAGAGCAGCCUGCUGGCCGGGACUUCAGAGGGCACUGUGGUCCAGUUCCAGUUCAUCUCCUCGACUGUGGACCAGCACGAUAAGGAGUGGGUCCGAACCAGGACCUUCAAGAACCACACACACGACGUCCGGGCCCUCGCCCACACCGACACCGCCGUGGUUUCCGGAGGUAUGGACACUCAGUUGGUAGUGCGCCCCCUGCUGGAGAAGGUAGAGAAAAACACCCAAGAAUCAGCUCUGCGUAAAAUUGCUUUCCCACAUAGAAGUCUGGUUUCCUGUGGGAAGAAGGCUGGAAUGCUGCUCUUCCAGUUUCAUGGCCAUCUGGAGCUGUGGCGACUCGGGGAGAGCGAUGGACACGGAAAGCCAGGAGACAGCCUUCCUGUGAAAAGGAAACCCGAGAAACUGAUUCAGCUGAAGAGAAAGGGAGACGACCACAUCUGCUGCAGCGCUCUGUCUCCGUGUGGAGGCUGGUUGGCGUACUCGACCAUCUCCAGUGUCCGCCUCUACAGGUUACAGUACAACGGCAGCAACAUCAGCAUCACCAAGGUGGCCAAGCUGCCCAAGGUCCUGCGCUCAGCCCACCAGCUCUGCUUCUCCUCUGACUCCUCCAAACUCUUCGCCUCCACCACUCAUUCAUCAGUCAUCAUCAUCGCCCUCAGCCAGUCAGAGUGCAAAUACCUGCACACCCUCAGACCCAAGUCAGGCACCAGGCAGCCAGUCCACCUGAUGUCUGCCAGUGAGGAUGGCAAGUGGCUCGCCACAGCCAACAGCGACUGUGAGAUCCACGUCUACAGCCUUCACAAGCUUAAGCUCCACUGUACUGUUCCAGUAUACAGCUCCUGCCCCACCGCCAUGGCCAUCCACCCAACUACCAGCAACCUGGUCAUGGUGCAUGCUGACCAACAGAUCUUUGAGUACUCCCUGGUGCAGAAGGAGUACACCGAGUGGAGUCGGAAGCUGCAGAAACAAGGCCUGCACCACCUGUGGCUGGCCAGGGACACGCCCAUCACUCACCUCACCUUCAAUCCCAGAAACCCUGCACACAUCAUAAUGCACGACACAUACAUGUUCUGCAUCAUCGACCAGAAUCUGCCCCUCCCUGACCAGAAGACUCUUUUCUACAAUCAAAUGACGUUAAGGAGUCUUCCAGAGCCAGAGAGGACCAGUCACAGCCACAGCUUCAAGAUAUGCAAGACCUUCCAGCACCUCCUGUGUGUGAGUUUAUUGGAGGACCAUUCCCUGGUGGUGGUGGAGCGCCCCCUCCUGGACAUCGCCUCUCAGCUCCCUGCACCAGUCCGGCAGAAAAAGUUCGCCACGUAAAGGAGUCACUCCUGCUUUUCAAAAGCAAUCACAGCCCAUGCGCUGCAUUCAUGUCCUGUCGGGAGAAGCCGAAGAACUGGAUGACAUCUUGCAGCUACGACGUGGAGGCACUCAGGGGUUUUACCGGUUGGGAUACCCACAGCCAGCAUCAUUUUUACUUAGGAAUUUUAAAAUCGACCAAAAAUGAACUGCGGCAGAUAUUGCUCAUUUUUCCAAAAGUAGAGUUGGUUGAAUUAAAGCAAAUAAAACCUUGAUAGAGUGUUGGAUUGUAUAGUUCCCUGGGCCUUAUUAGUCCAAAUGGAGGGGAAAUGUCUAGAUUAGUUGGUCCAUGCAUGGGACCUGUAUGCAUGCAUACAAGUCCCAAAGUAACACUUGUCGCAUUGUCUUUUAUUUUUCAUUUUUGAGCAAAUUAAGUAGCUCUUGUUAUUUUCCUGUUUAAACUGGAAACUAGAUCCAGCAAGAAACCUCUGCAUAGUAACCUUGCACCAGGAAGAAAUGACCUGAUACAUCUUUGACAAAUAAUUGCAAUUACACCAAAAAAUGGGUACCAGGACUUUUUUUGAUAGUGGUGUAAUCCACUUAGUUUGCCUUCAUUUUUGUGUUAAGUGUUAUUUUGGAAACUGUUUUGUUGCACUAUGGAAGUAAAUGUAGAGAUAGAAAUACAGCAUUGUGGAUUAGCACAGAGCAGCUAAUGAGGAUAUUUCACCACCGUGUGGCCAUGUCUCUCCCAGAUAACCCUACAACACAACACUCUACCAAAGUUUUAUUUUGCUUUAAUGUGAACAUAACUCAUCAUUUUAAUUUUUAUUACCUUGUAUUGGUGUUGCUUCUGCAAUUUAUAAUCCCCAUAAUUCUUCUACGCCACUUGUAAUUACCACUGUGGCUGAUGUGAAUGUUUUCCCCCAGUUGGCAGCUUGUAUUUACAGUAAAUACAAUAUAAUGCAGAUGAGCUUUUUUCAGAGUGCAGGCCCUAAACGUAGGCUGCAAGACUUUUUGAAAUGUCAUGGACAAAGGACUGCCAAGACAGAUGAAUGCAGUGUAAUCUAGUACAACACAGAGGGUAGAUGUAAAUCAUUGGAGAGUCACUGCCUUGUCCUUUGGGUUUUAACAGAGCAAACAUGACCACGAUCAUGGAAAAUCCCAACCCUGGCUGAGUUUAGAUUGAUUUAAAAAAAAAAAAAAAAAAAAAAACUCCUUCCUUCCCCUACAUCUUCUGUGGUGGCCCACAUAACAUCCCAUUUAAUGUAAAGAA